UCAGAACUUAGGGUGCUAGGAUCGGUGUCGCUGCAAGAAACCGGCCAACGAACACCCCCUGAGGUCUCUCUGGCCCCCUGAAGUGGCAGUGCGUGGUGGCAUUUAACUAGCCGUCGGUUAACCUGAUCCAAGUCCGCAGGCGCUCCGCCGUCAAAGGGAGGCCACCAACAUCGAAGGAUAUCGACGACACCGAUUUUGGAGGCAGAAUGCGAACAGUGCGCGCUAAGCCGGCGAUGCCCACAGCACCGGUGCGGGGGGCCAAGGCGAUCGAUCGUCUUCUGACGGUGGCCUACAUUCUGGUCACUGCCGGGGCCAUGAUCAGCUUCGUCGGUGCCGGUUUGCCUCCCGUCCUAAAGGCAUGUCCCCGGAACACGACCGACCUCAAUCAGUGCAUCAUCGACGUGGUCACGGAGCUGCGACCCCGUCUGGCCACCGGGGACUUGGGUGAGAACUUUACCAUCACGUCACUGGAACCGAUCACGAUCGACCGUCUGACCAUCGAGCGGGGCGAGAACUUUAAAGCCAACUUCACCAACUUCCGCAUCAGUGGGGCCACACACGAGAAGACGGGAUUCGUCGUGAAGAAGCUAAAGACCGAUCUGAACACACGCCAAAUCAACGCCACGCUGCUGCUGCCGAAGCUGCAGGUCAACUCCAAGUAUGACCUCAAGAUGAGCAUCCUGGUACUGCAGAUCAAUGGCAAGGGAGACCUGCAGGUGAAUCUGACCGACACCCGCGUGAGCCUGAAGCUGACGUUCUACAACGAAACGGUCGACGGCGAGGAGUACUUCCGCUUCAACCCGAUCACGCUGCGCGUCAAGUUCGGCAAGGCACGAUUCUACCUGAAAAACCUCUUCAACGGCGAUCCGACGCUCGAGGCGAUCGGCAAUCAGGCGAUUAACGAAAAUCCGGACGUGCUGCUCGACGAGGUGAAGAACGGCAUAGAGGAAAACUUGGCGCAGCUCUUCUCGAAGAUCGCUUCCGAGGUCGUGAAGGAUGCACUGUUCGAUGAGGUUUUCCCCUGGAGCUAAGGUGUCCGAGAGCCUUCGAUUGGAUAUAAACCAACAGAAGUGAAAAUGUACCAUGGAUUCUGUUCAGGCAAAGUGUUGUUGUGGUAAGGAAGAAAAAACGAGAACCAAUGUCAAUAAAUG